AUGUAAUAAUAAGAAAAAAAUCGGGUUUAUUAUGGAAGGUUUAUCCAGAAAGAGAAACUCAGUGCAGGCUCCUUUGGAGUUGUUUACAUUUGCUAAGACAAAGUUUCUCGAGAAUAUGUAGCUCUGAAAGUAGAAAAGGAAAAUGGCAACCUGUUGAGUUUGGAGCGAGAAAUACAAAUAAUAGAAGAAUUAAGAGGCAUUCAAGGUAAAAUUACUCAAGUACACAUAGGCAUUCCUAAACUCUAUUGGUAUGGGAACGAGUAUAACGCGAAUUGUAUGGCUAUGCAAUUACUGGGUCGCGAUCUCUCUCAUUAUCUAAAGCGAUUUAGAAAGUUCUCUCUAAAAUGUAUUUGUAAUUUGGCAGAACAAAUACUAGACAUAAUAGAGGAAGUUCAUAAAAGAGGUGUGGUCCACAGAGACAUCAAACCAGAAAACAUUCUUAUGGGAAGAGGCAAUGACACCAAUACUGUUUAUCUAGUUGAUUUUGGCAUCUCUAAAAAAUACAAAACCAAUGGGUAGCAUAUGUAAUUUCCAUUUUAAGAACAGAAGCCAUUCAUGGGCACUACUAGAUAUGCGAGUAUCCCAGCACACAAAGGAUAUGAGUUAUCAAGACGCGAUGAUUUAGAAAGCCUAGGAUAUGUCUUUAUAUAUCUCUUAAAAGGUAAUUUACCUUGGUAAAAUAUUACUUCGUCUUCUGACAAAGAAAAGACUAAAUUAGUUGGCAAACUAAAAAUGGAAUUAGAUACCAAAGACUUAUGUAGAGGUUUACCAACUGAAAUUUAAAGAUACAUGGAUUACGUCUAAAAACUUAAAUUCACUUCAACCCCAGAUUAUAAAUAUUUGUUUAGUUUAUUCUAAAAAAUUGCACAGUAAUAAGGAUUUCAAUUGGAUCGAAAAUUUGAUUGGAAUGAUUAAUCAACUACCUCCACCAAGUCUUCGGAUGGUUAACAACCAAGAUUAUCGGGUAAAGACUUCGAACUCGGAUAAGAAGAUGCCUUUAAACUCUCAGAGAAACCUGAAAAAAAAAAUAAAUAAUGUGAAUCCAAUCUUAGUCAACAAUCCUCUGUUAUGUUAAAUUACGUACCCUCAGUAAUUUAAUAGAUAGGUGGAAGAUUUGGCUCAAAAUCUACUGGUCGUUCUCGAUAAAAUUCAAGAUAGAGCUCAUUUUCAAGGGAAUCCUCUUUGAUGAAAUAAUAGACUGGAUAAACUAAAAGAAAGGAGAGCCAGUUAUAAAAAGUAGGGUAAUUCCAAGAUUUUGAAGAUUUAGAAAAAGAAAAAGAAAAAAAAAUACCACAAUAAAAAUAAGCAGAUUUUUAAUUAGAUGAUUUUGGUGAUGAUGAUGAUGAAAAUCUAGAAACCAAAUUGAAAUAAUUCGAACAAAUUCAAGUACAUUUUAAAGAGCAUCUUUCCAAAUCUUGA